GAAUCUUGUCCCUUUGGCAGUUGCGAGCCAGUUCUUGAAGGAACAAGUCUGGGGACUAAAACCGGUUCUUUUCAAACGGUGUGGAUGAGGUUUCUUUAGCAGCAAUCAAGCAAAACUAGCCCAAGGAGCCAGUUCAAGAAGUGAAGAAUUUCCUUUGAGAGGUGGUGGCAAAAAAGGAAGUUCAAGAUCAAUCAAUCGGAUGUGUGGAAGAAGGUGUGUGUUUUGUUUGGUUGUGGGAAAACUGCUGUGAAGAAAUGUGGAAAACCUGUUUGCCAAACCGAUUGACCUGUGUGUAGUUUUGGUGGUGGGAAGACAAGUGUGAUCAAAGAGUUUUUCUUCAGCUGACCAUGGAAUGUAACCUUAGAAAAUUAUGUGUUAGCCAAAGGUGAAGAAAGAACAAGAAGAUGCCUGAUGGAAAAAUGAAUGCUGCAGAACCAAAUAAUUGAAACCGGAAAAUUCAACAAUGGAUGCUAGCAACUGAGCAUUCGGCUGGUUUGAUUGAAACGAUGGCUUUGGCGGAUGGUUUUAGACUGCCUAGGACCUAGUAGAGUUCACAGUAGUGGGUGGAUGAGAUAGUGGGAUCGCUCAUCCAUCGAUGGAAUCUGCUGCUAGUGCCAUUUGGUUGCUGGUGUUGGUGAGAGAAAACUUGGUGCAAAAUUCUCCCUCUCGCGCGAACCAGAUGGACGUUGGUGCGUGUCAACCAAACUGACUGCGAACUUGACUCCUGCCUUCAUCGGGACCGAUGCGUCUUGCUCUAGUCCUCAUCCCUUGCUUCCUAGCCGGGUCCUGCCGGAUGGUCCAACGCAAUCAGUAAACACAUUCUCCGAACGCGGGGUGGGAGUAUAGAUCCUUAUGUACAACUGCUACUGCUGCUCACGAACUUCGAGCGAGAGUGUGAGGACGACCAAGGAGGAAGACCAAGAAAUGUGACCGGCAGCGGGAAGGAACAUUUGCUGGGAGGAUGUGAACUUUGGGCUGCUAAGGAACAGGAAGAUGCGAACUUUGUAGAGGUUCAAAUGGUCGUCGUUCGCCUAAGACGUUGGUCGGGUUCAGUGAAGAAUUCUCAAGACGCAGAAAUACGGGUUUUGUGCGUGAAUUUACCCAAAUCGGUGGGAUGGGUGACUGAAGUGAAUAUCGUGAAACUAGUGAACCGGCAAACAUCGAAAAAUGUGAAAAAUGGAUUAAUUAACGUCAAAAUUGUUACUCAAGUUUUAAAGUGAUCAAACUCCAGUUCAUAAUAAUCCGAUAUCUGUAAAAAAUAUUAUAAGUGUAAAGUAUCUUUAACUAGCAAUGUACGAAUAACAAAUAAUCAAAAAUUUCAACCUCUUGGGGAAUCAACUAACCAAUCGAAAAAGGGUGCAAUAAAGAAAAUUUCCGUUCAAAAAUCAAAUAUUAAAUACCAGUUUAGCUCAGAAAAACGGCAUAGAAAGAAAAUUUCUCAAAGGAGCUCGCUAACCAAUACAAGCGCAAAAAAUCUUUCGCAAGAAAGCGGAAUUAGUGAAAAACAAGAACUACAUAGUAUCCAUAUACGCCGUAUGAACAACCAACACACCUUCAGCAGCAUCCGUCGUCUUAAGAAUAAGAAAAGCGACUCUUACGCACAUCAGCGCGUGACUAGUUGGGGGAUAUCCUCCGUUGGGUGGGAAAGCCGGGAAAAAUCUACUCGUCUCCCCGGCUUCUACCUGCGGCGGACCACGACGACGACAGUUUUGCCCAUCUCGGACCAGCUAUAAUCGAUAACGAAGAAAGUGUUGUGUUUUCGGCUGGUCAUCAUCUACACAGGGAGGCUUCAUCAAAAUGAAAGAAAGUUCCCCCAACGCCGCAGCCGAUAUGUUCGACGCGACCGACUUCAACCCGGACAUGAUGCUGUCCAAUGUGUUCCUGGAUGCGGUUGGGUUGGAUUUCAUGACCAGCAUCGAAGAGCUCGGCGAGAACAUGCUGGUGCAGGAUUUCCUGCACUUCGGCAACUCGCUGCUGUUCUAUCCGGAUACGGUGGAUGGCGGUCAUGCCGGAUCAACGUCACAGCAACAGCAACUGCCACAGGUUUGUGGCAGUAUUCCGCAGCAGCAGCAGCAGCAGUCUCAGCAGUUGCAGCCGACUUUGUCGCUGCAACAGUCCCAGUUGCAGCUUCAGCAGCAGCAACUGCUGCAAGUGCAUCAACCGCCAAUACCGGAACUUCAGCAGCAGCCCAAAUGUUUGAUUGAUCAGAAGUCCAUGGACGAUGGCCACCGGUAUGAUCCGGCUACGAUUUCGGUGAAGACCACGACGACGACGACGACAGUGAGUGGCAGCGAUUAUGUAAAACAGACGGAUAUGUCCCAUCAGGUGGUGGUCGCACUCGGUUCGGAACCACCCAAAGCCAUCAUCCCCCAGAUCGGGCAACAGCAACAGCAGCAGUCUCAGCAAUCCUGCCAGUGUGAAUUUUGCGAAUACCUGCAGGCUAAUCGGAACAGCUUAAGUGGUUCUGGAAGUGGAUUUGGGGGAUCAAACUCGACGACGGUGGGAUCGAAUGUGGGGGUCGGGGGUGACCACGUGUUUCAGUGCGAGUUUUGUGGGGAGGGAUUUGCCAACCAAGGAAGCUACAAUCGGCACCGAUGCGGGAGUACCGACAUUCAGGUGUACCGAUGUCAAUCCUGUCGGCAGGAGUACGGGACAUCCCGGACGGAAUCUAGCCUUAAUGGGUUGGACGGAAGGGGAAAAUGUGAUAUCUGUAACAAAAACUAUGUGCAAUCAACGACAAAUACUCCAGCAUUAGUAAACGUUAGCGUAGCAGAAGAAGAGGGAGGAAUGGUGGUAGAUGGAACGACCGUGUACGGACAAGUCGGACCACCUGCCUUGGCCGAGGCCAAUAGUUAUAGUAAUAGUAAGAUAUCCACCGUGGACAGUCCAAUGGAACACGACCUCAGCCACAUCGAGCCGUUCAGCUCGGAUAGUGAAUGUUUAAGUGAGCUCCUUACGAGGGUUCCUCCGGUAAUGCCGGAACCCAUUCAACAAACCAAUCUCCCCGGGAAGACCUAUUUCAUCCUGGGGAACGUCGAAAUGCAGCAGAUGCCAUCCGGGGGAAUCGCUGGAUCCUACAUCCAGAAUGCCAAAAUCACCAGCGAGUCCAACGUUACCAGCUUGCAUCAGUACGACCAAUACGAAGACGAAGACUACUCGUCCAUGUCUGAAGAUGAAGCUAUUGUUCCAAUAGAACCCUAUGCAAAAUCACCGAACCAGGAGCAAGCCAAAACCGAAUUGCCAAUUCAAGAAACCGUCAUCGACACCAGCAGCAACGUAGCAUCUUCACCCUCCCUAAGCACUCCAUCGAUCAGUAGCAGUACCAGCACAGGAUCACAACACCGCACAGAAGAGGAAGGCAAGUGUGAUUCGUCGUCGACCCACCCGAACAAAGCGGAUCGACCCUUCAAGUGUCACAUCUGUGAUCGAGCCUAUCGAAAUCAUAAAAACCUGAAGGCUCACAUCAAGGGUGCUCACGAGGGUAUUCGGGCGAAUCAGUGCGAGAUUUGUGGGAAGAACUUCUCCGGCAGCAGCUAUCUGGUGAUUCAUCGGCGAAGGCACACCGGAGAAAGGCCGUUCAAGUGCACUACUUGUGGGAAAGCGUUCGUCGAUAGCCGGGCGCUAUCGGUGCAUGCCCGGCUGCACACGCCGGGUAACCGACUCAAAUGUAUGAAAUGCGAGAAAACCUUCUCUAGCGCAUCAGCCCUCACCGUUCACAAUCGGCUACAUACCGGAGUCCACCCCUAUAAGUGUGAAGUUUGUGACAAAACAUUCCCGCAGUACAACAACCUGAAGCACCACAUGAAGAAACACGAAAUGCCAACCGAUCCGCAGCAAUCAUCGACAACUUCCCCAUUGCUCCUAAUGAUGGACCCUUCGUCGGAUGGUUCCAGUCCGAGCAGUAUCAGCACCUCCUGUAGCAGCAGUAGUAGUAGCAGUAGUAGUAGCGGAAUCGGAAGUUCCGGUUCCACGGCGUUGGAGUACAAGUGUAACGUGUGCAGCAAACCGUUCCCAACUUCUGAAGAACUGCAGUCCCAUCUGAACCAACACUGCAAGGAUCGACCGAAUCAGUGCGAGUUCUGCUCCAAGGUUUUCCCGCGAUCGUCACAUUUGAUCAUCCACCGACGAAGGCAUACGGGAGAACGUCCUUUCAAGUGUAAAUAUUGUGAGAAAGCGUUUGUAGAUUCUAGAGCCUUGUCGGUGCACACACGACUUCAUACCGGUGAAAGGGUAACCUGUGACAUCUGUCUGAAGACGUUCGCUAGCAGUUCGGGGUUGAUCGUUCACCGGAGAAUCCACCUGGGGAUACAUCCCUACAAAUGUGACUACUGUCCGAAGUCUUUCGCACAAUCGACGGCACUGAAGUAUCAUCUGAAGAAGCACGAUACAGCUAACCUUCCUACCACGACAUCCAUAUCGGACGACAAUUCCAAUCAACAACAGGAGACAGGCCACCUAUCGGAGACGUUUUCGUCUGGUCAAUCGAGUCCAUCAACUGGUAGUCCGGAACCAUCUUCUCAAUCUGCCGGUGCAGUUCAAGUCCAGUGUCCAGAGUGUAACAAAUCUUUCCGAUCAGUCGAAUACCUCGCCCGACACCGGAGAACCCACUCUGGUGAGAGGCCCUUCCAGUGUGAGAUCUGCGGCAAAAAUUUCAGCACCAUGAGCUACCUGGUCAUCCACAGGAGACGGCACACUUCCGAGCGACCCUACAAAUGUCCCCACGAGGAAUGUCCCAAGGCCUUUGUAGACAGCCGAGCGCUGCAGGAGCACAGCCGUUCAGUACACUCCAAAAUUCGGGUACCCUGCGAAACCUGCUCCAAAACGUACUCCAGCGUUAGCAACCUGAUUGUCCAUCGGAGAAUCCACAGCGGAGUUCAUCCGUUCGAAUGCGAUACCUGCGGAAGAUCCUUUGCUCAGAAAAAUGCCCUCAAGUAUCACGUGAAGCAACACUCCAACAACAAGCAGAACGAUCUCGCCAUUCCCAAUCCAAUAAUUGUACAGUGAGCGUCCAUAUUGUAACCACGCAAAGUUCGAAGUUUUACAUGAUUACAUUCCUAUGCACAGAGACAAGGAGAAACGAAAACUCCAAAAACCUACCAGAGCAGUAUUGAUUUAAUUAGUAAUGUAACCAAGAUUCCUAUAAAAAAAAACACAAAAUAUCCAUCGGUGUAGAGACCAGAAAACUGAAAACGACUUAGGCUUAUCGAUUAAGUAAUACCAAAAGAAAAUUGUAUGAAUGUGAGCGACAGUGAUAGGUUCUGUAACUAAAACAAAUUUUAGACAUCAAAUCGAAUGUUUUGAAGUGACCAGCAAGUGAGAGGAAUCUUAUUUAAAGAGAUUUAUAUGAAUUAAUUUAACAAAAACCAAAACCAAACGACAACCAACCAGAAAGCCACUUACUAAAGAAUCGUUCCUUAUUUGAAGACUUUUAAAUUAAUUUUAGAGAAUUAAGUGAUGUAAAAACAAACUAAGGUGAACGAAACCAAAGUUCGAGUGUAGUAAAA